AUGGAUGCCCCGCACUCGGUUGUUGCUCAGCUCACCGAGGAUGCUCGUAGCGAGAGCAUGGGCUCUCAGAAUUCCCAGACCGCGAAAGAGUUUAUUGAGUCCCAGCUUCAGCUAGAGGCAGAUGCGCGCGAGGCUCUUCCUUAUGCCUUCGACUCUUGCACAUAUGAUCUUGGACCAUUGCGACAGGUCCUCUUUGCAUGUCUUACCUGCAAUCCUCCUCCUACUGACUCCAACGAAUCCUAUACCCCCGCGGCUGUCUGUUACUCGUGCUCGAUCGCUUGUCACGGCGAGCACACACUAGUCGAGCUCUUCAACAAGCGCAACUUUAUCUGUGAUUGCGGAACCACCCGUUUACCAUCAUCAUCAUGCUGCACACUCCGCGAGGAUCCCACAACCGGAAAGAAGGGUGUGCACUCCCAAGAGGCUGCGGCUAGUAACACAUACAACCAUAACUUUCGCAAUCAGUUCUGUGGUUGUGGCGAACAGUACGAUGCAUCUUCAGAAAAGGGUACAAUGUACCAGUGCCUGGGACUUGGCACCGUCGAGACCGGGGGCUGUGGCGAGGACUGGUGGCACCCGGAGUGUUUGAUCGGCUUGUCGCGUGAUUGGAAUAAGGCUGCCCUCAAGGCCAAUGGACUGGGUGGCGGUGAUGCAACCAAUGAGGCUUUAGUCGAGGAUGAAGAAGAUUUGCUCCCACCUGGGUUUCCCGCAGAGGAUGAUUUUGACCAUCUGAUUUGUUUCAAAUGCAUCGACUCUAACCCCUGGAUCAAGCCCUAUGCGGGCACCCCUGGAUUCUUGCCGCCAGUUUUCCGGGAAGGUGGACUCAAGAAGGCCUCAAAUGUGGCCGGGGGCCUCUCUGAACCAGCCGCUGAGCCCAAGGAGACCGAACCUAAGGAUCAACAGAAGCCCGAACACUCAAAAAAGCGCAAGGCAGAUGACGAGGGGCCCACCGAAGGAGAGCCUGUUACCAAGAGAAAUAAAGAAGAGGAAGAAGAAGCUUCUGUCGAGGACCAGCCAUCGAAUGCCAUGAAGGAAGAGGAGCGUACUAAGGAAGGAGUUGAUACUCCUACAAAGCCCUCCGCCCCCAAGCAUACCGAGCUUCCCAAGUCUAGCCCGAUGGAAUCUUUCUCUCUUUUUGCCUUGGAUGAUUUCCAUAGUCAACUGUGUCGUUGCGUGGAGUGCUUCCCCAACCUUGUUCCUCACCCUCAGCUCCGCGAAGAGGAAGAUACAUAUGAACCUCCCAUGUCUGACGACGGCCAGACUAAUGGUGCCGCAAGUGUUGGUACAGGCAGCAUCUACGAUCGCGGCGAGGCGGCACUAAACAACAUGGAUCGAGUACGCGCCAUCGAGGGCGCAAUGGCAUACAAUCACCUGCGUGACAAGUUGAAGGUGUUCCUGCAGCCUUUUGCUGAGAGUGGACAGGCUGUCAGUGCAGACGAUAUCAAGGGCUACUUUGAGGCGCUGCGUGGUGAUGAGCAGGGCAUCAAAGAUGCCGCCAAUCACGCUUCCACUGUGAGUGGUGACGGCAAAGAUGACACUGACGGAGACAAGCGACACGAACAGAAUAAUGGUAAGUGA